CGAAAACCCAGUAACUUCGAACUAUUAGAAAUAGAUAUGGACUGUGAAGUGUGCUUCUUGCCAAAUCGGCCUCCUUUUGGUCAUAGCGGCUCUGAGCCCCUUUUCGAAUUCAAAUAAUAACAUAACGAAUGUAGAUUUCUUCAAUGAAAGGCUGGUUAUUUUUAUAUCAUUUACUUGUAAAGUGGUUCUUUCCAAAGUUGUGUUGCCAAAAGCUCAUUUAGCUGACCAAGGGCAGACCGAAAAUUCGAAUUGAAUAAUUUUGGACAUAUCUCCAGAGUUCCCUGGGUGGGCAUGAUUUGGGGCUCAAAUUUGCGCAAGUUCAUGGUAUGAGAUGCUGAUUUUGAAUAGACUGAACGAUUUAGGAGAUGAGAAUUUUUCGCAGUCCACACCUCUAAAAGUCCGUGCAAUAAUAACUGAAGUGGCUUUACUAGAUGCCUAAAUAAUUAUGGGCUUUUUUCAGUUCUGACUCCCUCGUCACCCUGUUGAUAAAGUCUCAAACCCAAACAUCGUGGGAAAGAUUGAAUUAAUAGUUCUGUUCUGGCGGCAUGAUUCUGCCCAGUGUGAGCGGUGGAGGUGGCUCCGCCCCACCCCCGCCCACCCAAGUGACCGUGCCGCAAUCGGGUGGCGCUUUGGGCGUGGCCUGGCAACGUGGUAACGCCUUGACCCUUUUCCCCACCCGAUUCCCGCCCCUGGAUCGGUCGGCGGGGGGUGGGGCUGCUGGGAGUUCCGGGGGUCAAACUCAGCCUUUGACGUUGGUUUCCUGGGAGCGCUCUUUGUUUGAACCCGUUUUCCGUAAACUCAUUAACGAAUCCGCCCAGAUCUUCAUUCAACUGCAAAGAGGCGUGGCACCCGGUUGCCGAGAUGUGGGUCGCGAUUUCUACCUGCAGAUAUCUCGCCAAUAUCGCUCAGUGAUUCGGGAUUGUCAGGAGCUUUUGGAUGGGGCCGGAGCUGACCCGAAUACCAUGGCCGUGGAUGGGACCGGGGAUACUCCAUCCGUGGCUCAAUCCGAGCUUCUGUACAAGCUCGAACUCAUCUGGAAUCUCGUGGAAGUGCUGGUCAUCGAAACCCGGCCAGUCAGUAAAAGUCAGCCCGACAUUUUCUUGGAACGGACUCACGCAUGGAUCUCUCUGAUUCCAGAUGGGAUCAUCCUGCCGCAAUUGGUUCAAUGGUGUUGCUUGCAUUUUCCCGAAGCGGAUCAGAAAGCCCGCCACGUGCUCACCGAGAACCCCGAACAGCCCGAGAUGCACGCCCACUUCUGGGACGCUCUCCUCUUGUUUCUUAUCCAAGGUCGCACGGAGCAGGCUCAAAAGUUGCUGCGUCUCCACUCGGAUUUUGGCAACACGGAGGCGUUUGGCUCCUUGGACGAGUUGAUCCGCAAGAUGCCCCGUUACUCCCCCCAAUUGAUGAUGAGCUCGGUGGACUUUGACUUCCGCUUCAAGCACUGGCAAAAGGAAGUCCGGUCGCGUUUGGACGAAGGCGACUUCGCCUCCAGCCACGAGCUCCAUCGCUUGGCCUUGGUGCUCUCCGGGUCCGAGGAGGCCCUGAGCGAGAUGGCGGACAAAUGCGAGACCUGGUACCAAUGGAUGAUCGGCAAGCUUUUAUUCACCCAACCCGACGUGAAAUCCUACGACUUGUCCUACCACGCCCAGCAAGCCAUCAACAAAUUCGGCGGUCUCAGCGGCAUGACGUCCCUCGACUCAAUCCUCUUGGCCGUCAUGGAAUCGGACAUCGCUCAAGUGAUCAACGAGCUCAGCUCCACACUGGACAACCAUUGGUUCCCCGCCCAUCUCCUGGACCUGCUCUACCACACGGACCCGAGCGCUUUCGAGACCAACCCCGAGGACGCGAUUGCCGCCGCCAACGCGUGCGGCAGUCUCCGGGAGUAUCUGAUCCUCGAGUACGGCACGUGCCUCAUGUCCCACCGCUCUCUGUGGCAAGUGGGUGCCCUCUACAUGGACCACUGUCCCACGCAGGGCAAGUAUCGCCUGGAACUGCUCCUGGAGCGGAUCCCGCUGGACACGGAGACCAAGGCCAACAAGAUCAUGGCCAUGGCCAAUGAGCGAGGCAUGUACUCGAUCGUGGGCUCCACGUGUCGAGUCAUGGGCAUGCAGGCCUUGAGGGAGAAACGCAUCGGGAGUGCCAUGGCGUGGGCCUUGAGAUCGCAGGACGCGCAGUUCACCACGUUCUUGGCCGAUCAGUUGUUGCUUCAGUAUUGCGAGGAGGGCUCGUUCACGUCGGCGGACCUGCUGGACCAUCUGGGCUCGUCCAUGGUGUUGUCGGAUCGCUUGACGUUCCUGGCCAAAUACCGCGAGUUCCACCGCUUGUGCUCGGAAGAGCAGGAUUUCAAGGCGGCGGCCUCGCUGCUCCACUCGUUGAUGUGGUCGAGGAUGGCGCCCAAAUACUUUUGGGUCACGCUUCUCAUCGAUGCGUUGCCGUUUGUGAGUUGUCAGGACGAAGUUUUGCUCUCGUCCGAGCAGACUUACGAGCUACUUCAUUGUCUACAGGAGAUUUCCAAAGACGAGAGUUUACCUAAAAAGCAGAAGUUGUUAUUAGAGGAACACGAGCCGCAAAUCCGACUGGAAUUAUCCCGUAACCUGGCCAUAGCUCUAAUGGAAGAAGGCGACGAACAAGCCAUAACCUUGGCUCGAUGAGAGACCUCUGUGUGUGUGUGUUCGUAUUUUGUAAUAAACAAAUGUAUCAAAAUUCAA